AUGCCAGAAACAAUCGCUCAAUACGAAGCUCAUCACGCUUACGACGCCCAGCAGCAAGACGAAAUCUCGUUUAAAGAAGGCGAAAUUAUUCAUGUCACCGACCAAUCCAACGAUGACUGGUGGUUGGGCACAAAAGACAACAGCACUUCUGGAUAUUUUCCCAGUAACUUUGUUAGUCCUGUAAAUGUAACAAAAGAUAGAGAAGACCCCGAUACCGCUUCAAAGGAUACUUCUUCAGAAGACAAAAAAGAAGAGUCUGGCGAUGAGCAACCAGAAGAGAAGGAAGAGCCACCCAAGCCUAUAGGUAUGGCACGUGUUAUGGAGGAUUAUGCCAUGCAGACGUCAGAAGAGAUGUCACUUCACAAAGGCAGUAUCAUCACUGUCUAUGAAAAAUUGGAUGAUGGGUACAUGCGUGGCGAAAUCAAUGGAAAGAUUGGCAAAUUUCCUGCACAGUAUGUGGAGGAAAUUGAUAUGCCCGGUCGUCCAGAUAUUGGUAUGAGCUCUAGCCCUAGACAUGAAGGAUCUGAUAGCAGCGAAGGUCCCGCUAAGCCUGCUUUCAAGUUGGCUGCAUUUGGUGUUAAGCAAGGUGGUAUUGGUGGUCUUUUGGCCGGUGGUUUCCCAACCCUUAAGAAGGCUGGUACUCCCAAAAAGUCUGUCGAGGAGAGUCACGUCGAACCUACACCCGUUGUUCACACUCCCCCAAAAGUGCCUGAAGUCCCAAAAUCCCCUGCUAUUGUCGAGUCCCCCGCCCAAACCGAAAAGCCUUCCUUUGGAAAGGCCAUUGUACUCCAUCCCUACGAUGCCGAAAAUGGUGAUGAAUUGAGUCUGAUUAGAGGAGAAUACAUCGAUAUUCUGGACAGAGAUGCAGAUGAAGGAUGGUGGGAAGGUAGAAACGAAAGAGGUGAUGUGGGUGUAUUCCCAUUGAACUUUGUCAAAGAAAUGGAAGAUGAACCUACUGCUCCUCCUGCUCCUGUUCGCACCCGAAAGUCCGUCACUUCCGUUGGAUCUCAACAGUCAUUAAAUUCACCUACUUUGACUGGUGGAUUCCGCCUCCCUCCACUCCCAGACAAAUUAUCACGACCCCCCUCAAUCGCUUCAAACAUCAGUUACAGUCGUCCUGGAUCCAUUGUUACUGAAGAGCAGCCCAAGCCUUCCCCAGAGCCAAUGUCUUCUCACAAAGAGGAGGAGGUAGAAGAGGGAGUGGGAAAACCCAAAUCUGAGGAGGUGUAUACUCCCAAGGCCAAAGACAUUGAAACAGCUAAAUCUGAAUUGUCUCACUCAGAGCCACUCCGUGUAGAGGUGCCCAAGGUUGAGUCUCCCAAGUCAGAUGAAGCUGCUUCUCCAAAAGCCGAGACACCAAAUAUUGAUCAAGUUACAUCACCAAAAACAGCCCCUCUUCAUGUAGAGCGCAAGAACUCGGAUGCUUAUUUUCCCGUAGAAGAGGAAAAGCCUGAAUCUGAAUCCGAGAACCAGGAAGAGGAAUUAGUAGAAGAAAAAGAGAAAGAUGAAGAAGAGGAAAAAACACGUGAUAUUGCUUCUCCUGUUCUUAUUUCUCCUGCAGUUGCUCCUCCGAUUACACCUGCCCGUCCUUCUAUUCCUUCCCGCCCAUCUAGUCACACUACUUCUGAAACACAUCUAGAGUCUGCGAUCUCUCCCGUGUCCACACCCAAAAUUCCAUCCCAUGAAGAAGAACUAGUUGUUGCUGCUUCUAGAUCUCCAGAAAUCGCUAGUCCAGCACAGGAAUUACCUGUUCUAUCAAAGGUAGCAACGCUUGAAGCUGCACCUUCUACUGAUAAAAACGCUGAAAAUGAAGCCCCAGCUGCCAAGGAAACAAAUUCCAAAACUGAUGUUACUGAAGAGACCAAGGUAGAACAUGUAGAGGAAGAAGAACCCAAAGAAUUGGUUUUGCCCUCUGGUCCAAAACUCACUGCACCUACUCGUGCUCGCCCCACCCGUGCUCGUCGCGCUCCAUUGACACCUAGCAUCGAGCCAAGCCAGACUGAAAUACUCCAAAAAGAAUUAGAACAGGAGCCUGAAGUUGUUUCUCCCGAGCCAGCCGCAAGAGAAGUCAGUUCGCCUGAUCGCCCAAGCCCUCCUGUUCCAGUCAAACCAGUCAAACCCAUCUUUAACAAAUUCCCUACUCCGUUUGCUAUCGGUGCCGGAGACAUUUCAAAGACCAAUCUGAAGCCUGUUCAACGUCGUAUGUGGGAGCCUACACCGGCCCAUGAACCGAAAGAGGAGAAGCCACCAGUAGCAACAGCAUCUGGCGUAGCAGAUGAAGACGAAUCAGCACCUAGACCUGCAGGUGUAAAAAACAUUGCCUCGCGUUUCCAAUUUGGAGGUGCUUCCUCAGGAGGAAAUGAAGUCUUGGAAACAAAAUUGAAAAACUUUGCCAAGAAUGAAGUUGACAAAGUUCGCAGAGAGUUGGAACGCAAACUGGAUGAGGAGCGUACAAAACGUGAACAAUUGGAAGCUUUGGUUCAAGCCAUGUCAGAAAAGAUUGAUCAGUUAGAGUCACAGAUCCAGUGAUUUUUUUGGUUUUUGGUUUUUGGUUUUAUACUCCCCACAUUAGCGACUUUUGUGCAUUCGGAUUUUUCAAUUUUUUUUCAAAUGUUGUGUACUACACAGCCUUUGUCACACCGGAUUAAAUUGAUCAGAUUUUCAAAUCUGCCUACACUGACC